AUGAAUACUCUCAUAGCGAUCGCUCUACUCCCCCAUAUAGCCCAAGUAAGUCCCCCUCCUUCCACCCCAACACGGGGCGGGUUAGCCACGGCUGCCGUGCUCCCGAACUGAAACCCCUGGGUGUUCGGCUGUGCGUCCCUGCUCCCCAGGCGGCAUUGACCUUGCGAGGACCGGACCAACUCGUCCAAUGCGAAAUCGCAAGUUUCAACUGGAGCGGUGGGGUCAUCCCCUACAGCUACAACGGUAAGGCACUCGGCUGCGCAGGGCUGGGCAAAGAGAGGGGGUUGCGCGUGCCUCAGCUGUGACUAACCCGGUUGGUCGAGCGAUGGCCUGAAAGCCGGUCCGGUGACGGCUUCGAGUCUUGAACAGAACAGUACUAUUUGGCAAGGCGUGGAUUGGGUUGUGGACUGGCCAGCAGGUGGGUCGUGCAUUCGGGGAAAGCCUUGCGCUGGGGCGACUCAUGUGCUGACGACCAACGCUCGACGCCCAGGCACGCCGAUCAACUUCCGCGUCGCCACGGCUUUGGUGAGCACUAACUAGUCUUACGCACUUGGCAGCCUCGAGUACAUACUGAGCUCUUUUCCAUUUGAUUUGGAUAGAGGAUGGACCCCUACCCUGAUCAAACGUACGCCUACGCCGGCACCAAGAUCGUCCAACCCAGUCCGAGCGGCGACGCAAGUUGCAUCCCCGACUCGCAUACCCACGAGACCGCCUUGCCCAAGUCAGUGGAUGAGCCUCUGAGAUGUUCUUCAGCGCGGAGAACACAUGGCUGAUGGUUUGCAUUAUGACUGCGUACAGUCAAGUCCGUCGAGAAAUUGAGUCGGUCUGCCAAACACUUCGGGGCUGAUGUGGUUCUCUCGUGCAUACAGAUGGUCAUCACUUCGACCUUUAACCCGACGUUCAAGGUUUGUGCUCCGUUCAAUGUCACCUGGACCGGUGGGGUCGGACCUUUCACCAUCAUGGGUAAGUCUGCGAAUCGAUAGCGUCUGCUGGGUCGUUUCUGAGCGAAGGCGUGCUUCACCCUGUGCGCAGUCGUUCCCGUCGACUGGGAGGAGUAUGCGCAAACGUUCACGGCCAACGAUCGUGUUUUCACCUGGACGCCGAGCGUUCAUGCAAGUAAGUAAUGAGAGCAUGACUUAAUCACCAAGAUUUUGGGAUUUGAUCCGAUUGCUCUUGCUCACCGGGUACAGGGAGUUCGGUCUAUUUGACGAUCGCGCCCGCGGAUUUCAGCACAUCUACGGUCGUGCAUUCGCCGACGGUCUUUCUCGACGAUGCACCCAACAAUGAAUGGUAAGCUCGCGGAAGAUGAUGGCACUCGCGGCGUACAGGCCAGAACUGACGUUGUUCUCCCCCUCGCUGCACCGAAAAAGCGUCGACCCGGCGUUUCGCAACGUCUCGUUCAUCGCGCGACCGGAGAAGACGCACCCUCGUCUCGCCGGCGGUCCGAUGCAACACAACCACAUUAACCCCGGAAUCACGAUCGGGAACCGCAUCGUCAUCGGUCUCGGCGGUGCCCUCGUCCUUAUUGUCUUUUACGUGAAUCGGAUCUUGACCAAUCGAGUCCAGAAGCGGAUGGCGUACGAAAGGCUCUGGUACCAAGGGCAAGCUUUGAAGGAAGCUGAAGCGAAAAUGCUCUCAGGUUUCAGUGGGGGCAGUAGUCCUAUUGAAUCGUUGAAGGCGCAGACAUUGCCGAACGAUUCGAGUGGGACGCUGUAUCACGAUCUCCCCGUCGAUUCAAUGGGUGGGCCGAUCCGAGUGGUUCGUUGA